UGUUUAAAAAUAUAAAUAUUUGGAUUUCAACGACAUUCAAAUCAUGAUUGCCAGUUGGCAAACAUCUGGAACGCCUACGACAUCGAAAUUUCGGAAAUUUGACUCGCUUUCGUUUCGGUCGACUGAAGCUAGCUCGCUCGGUGAUCCUUUGGUGGAACAGUGGUGAUGCUCGGGACGACCAUGCUGCCAAGAUACGUGCCAGAGGGGGUGACCCCACUGCCGCUGACCGACUGGCCACAAGAGUCUUUGUCCUGCGAGGAGGAGUCCCUGCUCUUCGUCCUGGCCCUGUCGCUUGUGUCGCAAAUCCUGCUGAUGGCAUACCUGGCAUUCGCCUACUUCCAGCCGUGCUCCCUGCGACGCCGUCAGCUCAACGAACGGCAGCGCCAACGCUACGCCAGCUUCAUCUUCCGGCGACUGCUCUCGCGCCUGGACGAAGCCCUGUGCACCCGGGUGGAAAACAUUCCCGGUGGCGAGCGGCUGGAGCAGUGCCGGCGGGUCAACGAGCAAGUGGCUCAGGCCGUUCAGAUCUUUCGACGGGACGCCAUCAAGGUUCUGCAUCCCUGUCAUGAUCUCUCAUCGGAAUUGGCUGGGGACCUGUACUUUGUGCUGGACGAGGAGGAGCGAGAUCUAACCAAUGCCGGUUACGGUUUGACCGACCACGACAUCAAGCCAAAUAGUUUCACCAUGUCCGGGAGAUCUGGGACUGGGCCGGUGAAAACCAUCGAGGUCACCGAGGAGCUGUUGAUGUCGCUGCUCUAUCCGGAGCGUUGUGUGACGGUGAAGGAGUAAAGUCCUUUGCUAGCGUCUCUUGUGGCUGG